AUGUCCCUUCAAUAUGACCCCGAGUUCGCCAAAGAGGCAGCCCCGAUUCUGCAGCGGUUGGCCAUCUCUGACAAACCGGAUCUGCAUGAUAUAACGACAAGGCGAGCUAUGAUGACUGCUAUGACCAGCAAAUUGCCUCCACUACCGGACAAUCUCGAGCAACUCAUUCAUCGAGUCCCUGCGCCGGACGGCCACCUGGUGACGGUCUAUCACUUUCGCGCCCGGCGGGAGCCGUGUGAACAUAGAGAACCAGCAAUUGUGCACAUUCAUGGUGGAGGUUUCAUCUCGCUAAGUGCAGAGCAGUGUGCAACAUCGCAUGUCGCAUCAGUGUCGCGGACCGGGGUUCAGGUCCUCACCAUCGACUACCGGUUGGCACCCGAGCAUCCUUACCCCGUUCCACUUGAGGAUUGUUGGGCAGCACUUCAAUGGGUGUAUGAAAAUGCACAGCUGCUGUCAAUUGAUCCCACUCGUAUCGCAGUCAUGGGGGAAAGUGCAGGUGGUGGCUUGGCCGCCGCACUGACACUGCUGGCUCGAGAUCGAGCGUUGUCGCCACGGCUAGCGAAACAAAUCUUGAUUUACCCCAUGCUGGAUGACCGGACAGUCACCAAUCAUGCGGGUGCGUUGGCCUUCUGGACCGAGCAGGACAACAUCACCGGGUGGACAGCAUAUCUUGGAUCCAACGCCAGCGAUCAUAUCGUGCCCUACGCCGCACCAGCCCGAGUGGAAAGCGUGGCUGGUCUUCCGCCAUUGUAUAUAGAUUGCCCACAACUUGACAUCUUUGUUCAUGAGGGGCUAGAGUAUGCGCAACGAUUUGUGGAGGCAAAUAUUCCCACGGAGUGCCAUCUCUAUCCGGGCAUGCCACAUGGAUUCGAGGCCCUGGCACCAAGGGCGAGUGUGACGCAAAGAGCAAUAGAAAAUCGCUAUAAGGCAAUGCUUACCUUUUGA